AUGAAUAACCCAGUAAAAGAAUUAACAGAAGUAGUUAGAUCAAUAACUGAACCAUAUGAAGCAUCUGAAAUCAUCAAGAAUGUCGAUAAAUAUUUUACAGAAGAUGCUUAUAUCUUACAUCCGAUUAUUAAUCAAGCAUUAAGAUUUAGAGGAAAAGAAAACUUGAAAGGGAUUUAUAAGUUCUUUCGAGUGAUGACUAUUAAUAAUAAAAUCGAAUUUGAUGCAGUGAUGUUCAAUCAAGAUCACACAAAAGCAACCCUAGAAUUAACUGAAGAACUUGAAAUUCGUUUAUUACCCAGAGGCAUCUGGCCCAGAAGAAUUAAAUUCUUAAUCCGAGUCGACCUAGAAAAAUCCCCAACCGAUUCAAAGUAUCGAAUCAAACGACAAAAUGAUAAUUUUGUUUCAGAUAUUGCUAGUUCUGGUGUACUGCCUUUACCGAUCACGAAAUCAAAACAACAACAACAACCACCAACACUCAGACCUAAAACAAGAUCACAAACUAAACAAGAACAACAACCACCCAUAAAAGAAAAUCCAGCAAAUGAACAUCCAAAGGAAAAUCAUCAAGAACUAAUCAAACCAUCAGAAAUCAAACCAAAUCAAUCAACAACAACAUCACUUCUUGAACAUCAUCAUUUUGAAUUAUAUGAUACUCAAGAUAUUCAAUCUUACUUUAAAUCAUUACCAUCAAAUCAAGUAUUAUCACUUUUAGAUUUAUUAAACUUGAUUGCUUCAUCUCAAUCAUCUCAAUCUACCGUCCAAUCAAAUGUAAAACUUUCAAUUCAACUUAAUUCAUCAAACCAACCCAAUCCAACCAAUUCACUUCAAUCUACUACUUCACUUCAAUCAUCAAAUCAUACUGAUCAUCCAACUAUCAAAGGUAAAGGUAAACGAACGAUUGAAGAAGACGAUUUACUACUAUCAGAUCAAGACCUUAUCAAUCCUUCAUCACCAUCCAAUUCGAAUUCGAAUUUAAAACUAAACCAAAACCAUACCACUCCAACUAAAAAACUUAAAACACACAAAUCAAAACGAGAUCCAAAGUUUGAUUUAAUUCAAUUAUCUAAUUCAACUUAUUAUCAAACCCUUUCAAAUCCAAUCAAACCUGAACUCAUUCAUGGAUUAUCAAUUGAGAUAUGGACAAAAGUCUUCAAGUUUAUAAACCCAUCAUUCUUUCUAUCACAAAUCCCCAUAAAUUCAAAUGAAGAAACUCAUCAAAGUAAUUUGAUCAAGACUGAAGUUUUAAAUCAUUUAAUCGAAUCUCAACUUCAAUCACAUCAACUAAAAUUAAUUUCCAAAAGAUUCUUAUCAAUCACCCGAACCAUCUCAUGGUCAUGUUUAAUUCUAAACAAUUUAACGAAAAUCCAAUCCAUUACUCGAUCACUCGAAUCAAAUUCAUCUUUAUCUCAAUUAAUCAAAUCUUGUUAUUUAAUCCUACCUACUCAUCUUCAUUCUUUUAAAUCUCAAUCUCAAGCCAGAUCAAAUGGAAAACCUAAUCGACAAUCGAUGGUUUUGUUGAACCAGAAUGGAGUGACUGUCAAGGAAGAAAGUAUAGUACGAUCUAGGUCUUCUACUUUACUUACUUCUUUGGUUACUCAUCAUCCUUCUCCUAUGAAACCUAAUCCACUUUACCCGAACCAAAGAAGACUUGAACCUCCUAAAACUCCGAUCACUAAGAACCCAGACCUCGAACCAUCAGAAGAUCCAAGCCUAUACAUCCUAGAAAUCCCAUCCCUUUUAUUCUCACUCUCGACCAACCUCCAAGACUUCUACAUCCACGCACCCGAAGUGAUCUGUACAAAAGUGUUAAAAUCUCUAAGCAAUCUCUCCCAUCAUCUAAGUUCCUUAAGAUCUUUAACGAUCAUAGGAGGAGGUGAUCAUCUAGGAUUAUUCGGUUUACUUAACGGAUUAAGUUUGUUACCUAACCCAUCAGUCUUGAAGAAACUCAUCAUCAGCGGACCUCUUUUGACGAUCUCUUCUUCUACUAAUACGACUAAUACUUUUUUGAAACCUAAUCAAGAAAUCGAUUUGAAACGAUCUAGUUCAUACUCUAUUCCUAAACUUAAUCAUCUUUUAUCGAUCCAUGAACUAUGGAUCGGGAAUGGAAUCCCAUUAACGAUUCAUGAAAUAUGUUUAAUACUAAAAAAAUUAGUACCUAAUACAUUAAACCGAUUAAAAUUUAACCUUUCUUUACCUCUUGAUUCGAAACUACAAAGCCGAGUUGGAAACCAUCAUCACCGAUCUGAUCAACUUGAACCAUUCAAUCAUCUUUUACAAAACUUUAGUAACAGUUUAGAACAUUUAUGUAUUGAAGAAGAUUGGUUUAAUCCGACUUGUUUGACUAACGAAAAAGAAAACUCAUUAGGAUCAGAAGAAGGUAGGAAGGAAAUGAAUUUGGAUGAAGGGUUAAUGAGUUUAAACCGGUUGAAAUCAUUAGAUUUGUCUCACUACAAAUCCGAUUUAAUCACCACAACCUAUCUAGACCGAUUACCUAGCACAUUAGAAGAGAUUAAGUUAUGGAACCCUAAAAUUGAUUUGAUUGAUUGUUUGGGAAAUCAUUGGGUUUUCUUUUGCGGAGGAUAA